AUGCUGUUUGCUCGACCCAAGACGUAUCUUGCUGUGUCACAGGAGGAGUCAUCGCAACCAACCUCGCCUGCGCACGGAAGAGCGAGGGUAUCGGCUCAGACAUUGGCUAUCCUGAAGUACACCGUCAUCAGCAGCACGAUCAUGAUCUUUAUGCUUGUUUUUGCUGCAAAAUUUCCUGCCAGCAGGGAACAUCCUCAAACACAGAGCUGGCCAUCGUGCGGAGAGGAUCCAGCUACUGCUCGAAGCCGCAAUUGCUCUUUUGACCUGAUAUCUUUCGCUUGGCAAACACCUGAAUGUUUCGACAAGCCUCUUGUCUCCGAAUUCUCCGCCUAUCAGCCGUGGUCAUUUUACACCGAGGUCUUUGGGAAAGGGAACCAGACAAUUACCAGAGACAUUGCGGAGGCUGGAGACAGCAAUCUAUGGGUCACUUGGAAUUUUCACGUGGUGCACUGUACAUUCAUGUGGCGACAGAUGCACAGAGCAUAUGAGAGAGGAUGGAUAGAUGAGCAUUUGAGGGCAUACAAUCAUACUCUUCACUGUCAAGGUGUACUGCUUGAUCAUAAAACGGGCUGGAAAGAUGUUGUCACUGCAGCGAGAGUUAUCUAUCCUUUGUGUCAAAGAGUAGGAGCGUAG